CGUUGAAACUUUUUUUUAUUUAAUUAAAGGACCUAAGUAUGUACAGUAAUAGAUAUUUAUUGUUAUGGUCGUAUGAGUCCACAGGUAGACCAUUGGACAUCGUACCCAGCAAAAGUGUAUUGAAUUUAUUAAAAUCUAAAUUCGAUGCGGACAAACUUAUCGGCGUAGUUUAGGGCAUAGUUCAAAGUAAACAAAGUAAACAAUAUUUUUAACCAAACAUGAAAUGUAGAGAUAGUGUAAUCAAAAUUUAUUUAAAAGAUGAGCACAAAUCAACAUUUAUUAUUAUUAGUUAAACAAGGAAAUAGUGCCAUAUUUAAUAAUUAUGCGCUUUAUAAUUAACUGUUCAAAUAUAUUUACUAGCGUGUAACCUUCUAAGUUACAUAUGUGCGAUCGAAACAAAUCCAUUCGUAAUUCCGCCAAGUAUAAACGGAUAGUUCAUUAACGCGCGCACAGAUGGCGUUAGUAGUAUGAUGUAGAGCGAACUCUACGCGUCGAGAAGUAUAUAAUACCUAGUUAAUAAUGCAAAAUAAUCUUAUUGAAAAUUAGUUCUAAAUCAAUAUUUGGUAAUUGCAACUAAAUAAUUAAAAUUCUUAAUGUUAUUCAGAUACUAAUUAUUUUUCAGUUCCGGAUAAAUCAAUUAAAAAAUUACCUUCAAAUUUGCCGUUAUAUAAGUAUUUAUGGUACUAGUAGGUACUUAUCAUACAUUGAGGCAUAAUCUCUAACCCCUUUUUUAAUAAAAAAAAAUUAGCUACGCCGUGUUUUGUUUCCAUAAAUAAAAUGCAAUUUGCCAUUCAAUAAACACAGACAAAACAUAAUCCAAGCUUAUUAUCAAAGGGAGUUAGAAUAUAUUUACUUAUCGAAAAAGUUCUUGCUCUAUAAAUAAUGAAAACGAGAAACUGCUGUUAGUUGUAAGUUUUGGGAAUAUUGCAACAAUUCUUGCGUUAUGAAUUCUCAUUCGAAUUAUUUUUAAUGAAUUAUUACACUUUCAUUUAAGUGUUUCCAAUUUUUAAUAAGAGGGUCUACUAUAUUUAAGGAGCUAUUGAUAAUCCCGUUAAUUUUAAUUUUGACAGCUAAUUAGCUAAUUAGAAUUUGAAAUUGCAAAGUAAGUAUUUACACCCUAAUAUUAAAUGUGUUUGAUUCCUUAAGCUAUUUAUAAUUAUGUAAUAAGUUAAUUAAAAAAAUACCAACCGAAAUUGUGAACCAUCUCGUUGUUGAAGUCGGUUAAUAAGAAAAACAUAUGAGUUUUCUUGAAUCAUUUGUUUUUUAUGAAAUGUACUUAGUGCCGUCCAUUUAUUGUUUUGUUAAUACUUUUUAUAGUCAUUAUAGAUGUGUAACGAUAGUAUAUUCAAUUAUUUAUUGUUAUGUUUUUAUUUUUAAGCACUUAACUACUAGUUUUCAAAAGAAAAAAAAAAACGAAUAUUUUUUUCAUUUUGGUAAAGGUACGAUCUUAGUAGGUACGUACAUAAUAGUUACGUUUUUAAUUUUUUAUUAAGAAUUUACAUUUUCAAAGUAAAAAUUGAAUAACUUUAAGCUGUAAGCGAGAAUUUGCACUGAAAUCUACAAGUUUUGUAAAGUGGAACAAACUUUAGAAUGAUUUGGUUACGGAGGAAGGUAGAUUGAAGUACUUACUACUACUACUAUUCCCAAAACAAGCACGCAAGUUAUUGUUAAACGAUUGUUAAAGCACCUCGGAUAGUACAAGUAUAACAUUUGUUAACUUAGAGUUUAGGAUUAACAGUAGAGGAAUAGUAAGUAGGUAAGUAUGGUAACGUUACGUAACGUGUAUUGCUUUAGUUGUUGUGUUUACAGUGGCCGGUGUGAGCUUGGCGCGAGUGUCGUGUGUCCCCACUGCGCAUCGAUCCGCUCCGCCCAGCGCUCGCUCCUCCCACCCGCCCUCACCCUGCCUCCGCCCUACACCCGCGCCCCGCCGCCGCCGCCACCGCCGCCGCCGCCGCUUGUCGCGACGCCCGCGCGGUCACCUGUGUCGCACGUCCUCAGUCGCAAAGCGGCCGCGACGCGCGCCACCCGCUUCGCAACGCGUUCAUAUUAUGACAGUGACGUGAUGGACGGCAAAGAGUUCGGUGCGGUUCCCGGCCUCCCGGCCGGCUUGGACUAUUUCAUGAUGCCUCGUGUUAACCAGCCCGCGCCGCAGUUCGACUUCAGAAAAUUAGGCGCCAGCUUCAGUGGCCGAGACGACGACAGGAGUGACGAGAGACGGUCACCCGAAUAUUCUUCGGAGCGACGCGACCCGCCGCCGGCGCCCUGGCCACUCGGCCUCGGUGUCCAGUUCGUGAAUCCUGCCACCGGCAAGAAAAGGGUGCAAUGCAACGUUUGCCUCAAGACUUUUUGCGAUAAAGGCGCGUUAAAAAUACAUUUUUCGGCCGUGCACCUGCGAGAGAUGCACAAGUGUACAGUGGAGGGGUGUACGAUGAUGUUUAGUUCGCGCCGCUCGAGAAAUAGACACAGUGCUAAUCCUAACCCGAAGUUACAUUCACCGCACGUGAGACGCAAGAUUUCAGCACACGAUGGCAGGUCUGCACAGCCUUUCCCGCUACUGCCAGCGCUCGCACGGUUGCCGCUCCCGCCACCUGCCUUACUACCUCCGGAGCUAGCAGCGCGACUUCCUCCGCCCCUGUCUGCACCGCCUGGACCUACACCUUUACCGCCGCGGGUGCCACUUGAUGACCUCCGCAACUUCAGUGAAAUCGAAAAAAUGUACAGAAAGCUACCUCCACCGGAAGAACCAACUAGAGGCGCAUUAGAUCUCGCAAAACAUUCAGUGACCGUAGGCGAAGACUCUGUUAACUAUAGUGAAAAUGAUGAUGACUUUUCAGAUGAUGAACAGAAAGAUAAAUGUGUAACCAAUGAAUCUCCAGUGACACAAAGGCUGAACUAUGAUGAUGAACCGGAAGAUUUAACUGUAAAUAAGAAAAAGGAUGACGAAAAACCCGCCGAUAAGGAGCCGAAAAUUGAAAGUCGAAGUGACCCCACCGUAUCUGAUGAUAAGAUUUCUUCUCUCGUUCCAAACAAACGUAAGCGAAAAAGUGGUAAUCCAACUCGGUGUUCGCAAACCAACGAAUAUAGCGUCUCCGACGAAGAAUAUCAUGGAGAUUUAUUCAGAAAUCUUUCUACGCCGGGUUCUAGUCGAGCCGAUGACGAACCUUUGUCGUUGAAAAAACAAAAAUCGGAAAAGUGGGAGCCCUUUCAGAACGGUGACGAAGCUGUUGCGGAUUCCGAAUCAGUGACGCGUGUGAAGGCCGAAAGUGAAUCUGAUGACGAGUCGAGUGCACCCAGCGUUGUUCGCGAGGGUUUGAGACUACGGUCGGACUUGUAUACGCCAAGUGACAGCGGCAGUGACCUGCACGCAAUGGAGGAGCGACUAGCAAGAGCGCGCACACCAUCCGCGAGCAGUGACAAAACAGACGACAGGGCUGAUAUUAACGACCUAGAAAUACCCAUAGAUGAUGAAAAUCCAGAUCGGUGUACUGCUUGCGGAAAGGUAUUUCAAAACCACUUUACCCUGCGCAUGCACUACCGAAGCGAUCACUUAAAGUUACUUCAUCCUUGUGACUUCAACGGUUGCGACGCUGCGUUCCCUUCGCGGCGAAGUCGAGAUAGACAUAGCUCGAAUAUCGAUUUGCAUCGAAGGUUGUUGUCUACUAGUUCACCUGACACUAGAGAACAGAGACCCCCAACGGAGGUCAAUAACGAGCUUCUAAAUAAAUUGUACGCUGAUAUCAAAGGACUAGCCUCUACGUUGGAGAGCUUAAGGUACGGAGGGAACGAAGAGCCUUCCCAGCUUCCUAGUUAUGUGACUGAAACAAUGAAGUUCUAUAGUCGAAACUUGGGCGCUUUACAAGCAGGACUUUUUUCUCAGUUCGGUGAUAGGGCGGGGUUUUUUCCAACUCCUUUUCUGAUGGGUAAUGGGAUACUACAAGCUGGAGGGCCGUAUGGAGCGCCUGCUGGGGCGCAGGCCGCUCGGGAGUCGAUGUCGCCUUUAUCAGCGUCGUCUCCUCCCGUGAUAUCCCCAGGGAGGCUGGAUGCAGCGCACGCUCGUCCUCGUGAGGAUGCGAAACUGCUUUUUCGCGAGACCUCGGAAUCCUUCAAAAAGAUGACGUCUUUGUGCGAGCGUCAGGAGCAGCUUUACCAACACCACGUGCCUGUGUCAUGACGCCGCCUCGGCCUCCGCCCCUCCUGGUGAUACCUAACUUCCCUGAGCUAAUGGCGCGAUAGCAAUAGACUGUAUAUUUAAUUGUUAAUAAUUUUAAAUGUGUUAAUUCUAUUUCGUAUUUCGUUUUGUAUUUUUCUUGUGAUAUUUAGACAAAUAUUUGGUAAUUAUCGAUCCCACGAACUGUAAGUUGUUAGGGAUGAAACGGUCUGGUGACGCGUUCGCGUUUGUGACGCAAAGUGCAAUAACGGACUUGGAUAUUAUAAAUAUUAAUGGGCUCGAUGUACGAUAUGGUAUCGUGUAGACUAUUCAUAAUCGAUGUUGAAAGUAAACGUUAUAAUGAUCAGCUUCAUUUAUUGUUCUGGCGCAAUAAACUCAUUGAGGAAAAAUG